AACAAAAACAAAAAACAGCUGCUGCUGAAGUCGGAACUGCGCUGAGUUUUGCUGUUUUGCAGAAAAUAGUUUAACUACUUCAACUUUUAGAAAAUCAGAAUCAGGAAUCGGAUUUGCGGCCGGAUUACAUUUUUUAAUUGUUGAUAUAGUUCAUUUCAAAAAGGUUCGAAGCACUAUCCUAUCUCCAUUCUCCACUCAAAGUCUCAAAGCAGUUUUGAAAGACCGGAAGCAAACUGCAAAGGCACCAAACAGGUGCUGCGACUGCGACUGCUACUGCGACAUCUUACCCAAUUCAUCGGAGACGAUGGAGCCUUCGGAAAUUGAAUUUUUGUCUGAGAAAACGCCCGUAGAAAUAAUUCCAAAUUUUAACCAUCACGGAAUUAUUCAUUUGAUUUCGGGAAAUGUGGGCCCAUUCAGAGCUGGCUUGCCGGCUGUCGUACCAUUGUGGCUCGGAGUAAACUUGAAACAGAGAAAUAAAUGCCGUAUUUUAUCGCCCGAUUGGAUGGAUGUUGAGAAACUCGAAGAUAAAAAAGAAGAAGAAAAGAAAUCCAAAUUUUUCACGAAAAUGCCGCAUGAAAAUUAUCUAGAAGUUACGCACUUACUGCUCGAUGUAGCCGGCGAUGAUAUUAGUCGUGCCGACGAUGUACGAACUCUCGUUAAGGAUUUAUGGGAUAUGCGAAUAUCGAAACUGAGGUCGUCCAUCGAUACGCUCGUCGGUAGCGGAGGAAUACACGCGUCUUUGAAUCAUCUAACUCAGUUGGAAAUAAAUUCAGUCAGACCUCUGCUUCCUGAUGCUUUGAACUUGUUGCAAGCGUUGCAAGAGUGCCACGAGUCGGAAGAAGAAGAGAAUACCGAUUCUCAAAGCACCAGUCGUAAUUCCGCCUCUAUAUUUAACACGACCAGUUGAUGUCGGUCUCGCGUUGUUUGGUAUUAUUUUCGAUCGGAAUGAUGUACGUCCGUACGCCUCGCUGCCGCCGCCGCCAACGCUACGAUACUUCUUAUCAAGUUUUCGUAUACGCGAAUUACUCGACUUUUUCAUAAACAACGCGAUGCGACGUGACAGAAAGAAGAGGCGAACGAUCGCAAGAAACCGGAAAUAAAAUACAAAAUACGUAAUCUACGAAUAACAUUUAUCGUUUCUCACAAUAAACAGUUUUGUAAUAAAAAUAUAGGUAAAAUACAAAAUGUUAAUGAUA